AUGCUAACAGCCUGUGAUUUAUCUCUCGUCUGCCUUGUUGUACAAGCUGUCAAUGACUCUCUGACUCUCUUGCAGGCACUGGCGGAUAUCUCCAACACGAGGAGCCCGAAGGUGGGGAAACCUUCAGCACAAGGCCGUGGGCGGCCUGACAGCGACGAGACAUGUGGAAACAUAUCAAUCGAGGAAGACGAAACGAUCAUGGAGACGAUUGAGAGUCUCAGGGCGCUUGGCUUCUCCGAUGAGGAUGUGAGAUGGGCAGUGGAAGAAGCGAAGUCGAAGCUGGAGGCGAAACGCUCGGACGUAACUUGUGACGGGACCUCAAGGGUGGAUGAAUUGCCGGGGAUCGAGGAAGCUAUCAGCAGGCUGUCACUGUCCAGCCAUGCCGAGCAGGCAACCCCAUCGCGUUCGACGUUGAGGGCAGCGAGGGACACGUCGGAGCCACAGAUCGAUCGCGUGUUGCCCCUUGUGUUGCCCGGGUUGAACACUUGGGACAUUGCCUUCCUCACCUUCAACGUCAGCACGAGGUGGAGGAAAGUUUCCGAUGAAUGCUUGAGAGUGUUUCAAAGUAGCAAGGACGAGGAGGACGAGGAUGCUGCUCCUUCACAGCUGAAGAGGAUUGAUCCACCGUGCUUCGCCGCAAAGUUCCCUUGGGCUCGUUUCCUCGCCCAAGGAGGCUUCAAGCAAGUGUUUCUUGUAUACAAUGAGGAGGAAGCAAGGAAGGAAGCUGUCAGCGUCAUGGACCUUAGCGGGAUGAGAGAGAUGGGGAACAUGCGGACAGCCGAGGCUGAGGUCCGACUCGCCUUCCUCCUCUCCAACUUCGUCAGCUCGGGCGUCUCCCCACACUUUGUCCGCACGUUCCAGUUUCUCAGGACGAGUUGUCCUCCUCCCGCUGACUGGGGAUGCGAGGAGAACCAACAGCCGCAGGGAAGUCUGUCGAAGUACCUGGAGGGGGGUAGGAGGGCCCAGCCGCGACGGAGCAGGAAGAAGGUGGCUCACGGCGACUUCCAGUACAUCAGGAUGGAGUUCUGCACGGAAGGAGAUCUCGAGCUGGUGGUCCGGCAGCACCCGCACCCUCCCGCCGAUGUCGUCAGAGAUCUCUUGCUACAGAUGGCCAAGGCCCUGCAGGUUGUGCAGGAGAAGCUCCACAUGCGGCACUACGACGUGAAGCUGCUCAAUUUCUUUGUCACGACACCCCAAGACUCGGACAGGGAGGAGCCAGGAAGGAGGGGCAAGGGAAGCGACUACUGGGCUGUCAACCGGAACCGGCUGAUCGUGAAGCUGGCGGACUACGGGACAGCAGACAUCGACGAGGAGAGGAUGGGGGAGAGCAUGACAGAGAGACAAGUCACUACCUGGGAGAAUGUCCUCCCGGAGUUCUUGAUCUUUGGCAGCAGAGCGCGCCAGGACUUUUCCUCUGAUGUCCAUGGGCUCGGACUUUGUCUGCUCCAUCUUGUCACAGGAGAAGUUCCGUACGAGGAGAUGCUGGAGGAGCUGUGCUGCCCGCCCGAGCUUGCCGGCAAGCUCCGCAGCGCGUGGGGAGCAAGCAGGAGGGGAGGGAAGAGCGCAGGGGAGACGAUUGACUACAGCGAGGUGAAGAAACUCUUGGACCAGAGCGACGAAGACGACAACUUGCUGGUCGACACUCUGUACAGAAACCUCGUGCUCUUUGGGGAGCAGUUGGUCGCCAAGAAGCACACGGAGAAAGAUGGCCCUGUGCUCAAGACUCUGAGGUGGGCGAGCGACGUAGAGCAAUUCUCGAUCUUGUCAGAGAGCAAGAAGAAGAGUACAGCGAUCCAACGAGCCCAGCAGGUUCCCUUGUUGGGAGAGGAGCGUGCAGCCUACUGA